AUGCGGAAGAGAUAUAUGGAAGCAAUGGCAUUAGUUCAACGUUUUGGCAGACCUGAUAUAUUUCUAACCAUGACAUGUAAUCCAAAUUGGGAAGAAAUCUUAGAACAACUAAAUCCACAUGAAGAAGUUCAGAAAUGCCCUGAUUUAAUUGCAAGAAUCUUUAGAGCAAAAUUAGAAGAAUUGAAGAUUGAUCUGUUUAAGCGAGAAAUUUUUGGUAAGGUUGCAGCAUAUGUUUAUACCAUCGAAUAUCAAAAAAGAGGUCUACCACAUGUUCAUUUCUUAAUUAUACUUCAGAAAGACUGGAGAAUUUAUGCACCUGAAACUUUUGACGAAAUUGUUUCAGCAGAAAUACCUAACAAAACGAGAAAUUUACAUUUAUAUAAAGUUGUCCUUAGACACAUGAUGCAUGGUCCUUGCGGAAUAUUAAAUCCAGCCAACAUAUGUAUGGACAAAGACGGCAUCUGUAAGAAUCGAUACCCCAAAGAAUUUACAGCUAAUACAACUGUUGAAACUGAUUGUUUUCCUUCAUACAAACGUUCUAACAAUGGAGUCAUUGCUAGAAUUAGAGGAAAAGAUUUAGACAAUCGGUGGGUUGUUCCAUACAAUCCGUAUCUUGUUUCCAAAUAUAAUUGUCAUAUUAACGUUGAGAUUUGUUGUACAGUUAAAGCUGUUAAAUAUCUAUACAAGUAUAUUUAUAAAGGACAUGAUCGUGUUGCUUUCAAUAUCAUUAGCAAAGAAAAUAACCAACAAAUUGACGAAAUCGAACAAUUUCAAUCGGGAAGAUGGAUUACUCCACCUGAAGCAAUGUGGAGAAUAUACGGUUUCACGCUUAACGAAAUGUAUCCAUCAGUUUAUAGUUUGCACCUACACCUAGAAGAUCAACAUUUGGUGUCUUUUCGUGCACACGAAGAUCUAAACAAUGUGUUAAACUCGUAUACAUCCAAAAAAUCGAUGUUGACAGAAUUCUUUUAUAGAAACCAAAUUGACGAGAAUGCACGAAAAUUGUUGUAUAGAGAAUUUCCUGAAAAAUUUGUUUGGGAUUCACAAUGUAGAAUUUGGACUCCGAGGAAAAAAAAAACUGUUAUAGGCCGAAUUGUUACAGCCAAUCUAUUUGAAGGUGAAAGAUAUUAUCUACGGAUGUUAUUGAAUCAUAUCAGAGGAGCAACGUCAUUUGAGAAAUUAAGAACAGUUAAUGGUGUUGUACUACCGACGUAUCGUGAAGCAGCUACUUCUCAUGGUUUGUUAAACAAAGAUAGUAGCUUAGAAGAUUGUUUAGAAAAAGCUUGUCUAUAUCAGAUACCAAGUAGUUUAAGACAUCUUUUCUCAACAAUUUUGGUGUAUUGCAAUCCUACGAACCCAAAAGAACUUUGGGAGCGAUUUGAAAAAGAAAUGUCUACAGAUUUUCUUAUAAGAAACGUGUCAUCAACAGUUGUUAGGAAGAUGGUUCUACAAGAUAUUGCUUCCACACUAAAAUCUAUGGGAAAAGAUAUAAAUAUGUAUCGUUUUGUUCCUGCCGAUAUAUUUUACGGUCAAGAUGAAUUUACAAAUAGAGAAAUUGACGACGAACGAGUAGUCACAAUUCCAACUGAAGAUUUACUUGCAUCACAAGUCCUAAAUUCUGAACAAAAAAAUGCGUAUGAUUUGAUAUUGCAUACAUUAGUAUCAAAUAAAGCUGGUGCUUUUUUCGUUAAUGGCCCUGCUGGUACCGGUAAAACUUUUCUAUACAGAGCACUUCUAGCAGAAAUUAGAUCGAAAAAUAUGAUAGCACUUGCAACUGCGUCAUCCGGUGUUGCUGCCUCCAUCUUACCUGGAGGACGAACAACACAUUCAAGAUUUAAGAUUCCAUUAAAUGCAGAUAAAAGCAGCACAUGUAAUGUGAGUAAACAGGAAAAUCUUGCUAAAUUAUUACGACUUGCAAAAUUAAUUAUAUGGGAUGAAGCACCCAUGUCUACAAAACAUUUAAUAGAAGCAUUAGAUAAAAUGUUGCAAGAUAUUAAUGAUACAGAUCUCCCUUUUGGUGGGAAAGUUAUUGUUUUUGGUGGAGACUUUCGACAAGUAUUACCUGUGAUUCGUAAUAGCACAAAAGAACAACAGAUUGAUUCAAGCUUAGCUUCUUCUUAUUUAUGGUCUAUUUAA